UGGCAGCGGAUAUGGGUGGUGGUAGUGGAAGUAUUGGAUCAUGUAGAGAGAUGAGAAGCCUAACAGGGCAGGUAUUCUCAGGAAGAUGGUUCAUGGUCUUCGCAUCUCUUCUCAUCAUGUCAGCAGCCGGUGCUACUUACAUGUUUGGUCUCUACUCUAACGAGAUCAAAACAUCUCUUGGUUACGAUCAAACCACUCUCAACCUUCUUAGUUUCUUCAAAGACGUAGGUGCUAACGUCGGUGUUCUCGCCGGCCUAAUCAACGAGGUAACACCUCCUUGGGUGGUUCUAGUCAUCGGCGCCGUCAUGAAUUUUGGUGGUUACCUCAUGAUAUGGCUCGCCGUAAAAGGUACCAUUUCAAGACCUCAAGUAUGGCACAUGUGUAUCUAUAUCUGUAUUGGUGCCAAUUCCCAAUCCUUUGCCAACACCGGUGCUCUUGUCACCCUUGUCAAGAACUUCCCUGAAAGCAGAGGCAUCGUUUUAGGUCUACUCAAGGGUUUCGUCGGCCUUAGCGGUGCUAUAAUAACCCAAAUCUACCAUGCCGUUUAUGGAAACGACCCUAAGUCUCUCAUUCUUUUCAUUGGUUGGCUUCCCGCUGCUAUUUCUUUUGCUUUCGUUCGAACCAUUAGAAUCAUGAAAGUUGUUCGACAACCCAGAGAGCUGAAGGUGUUUUACAGGUUCCUUUACAUUUCUCUUGCCUUAGCUGGAUUUCUUAUGAUCAUAAUCAUUAUAGAGCAGAAGUUCAAGUUCAAUCGAGCUGAGUAUGGGGUCAGUGCCGCGGCUGUUCUUGGCUUGCUCUUUCUCCCACUUGCCAUCGUUGUAAUCGAAGAGAUUGACCUCUGGAAGAAGAAGAAAAAGACUUCUUCUUCUUCUUCUUGCGAGAUUAAACUUACCGUUGAGAAGCCACCACCGGCUUUAACAAUGGAAGCUGAAGAUGCGACAAGGGAUUCAAUAGUCCAAUCGUCAUCAACAUACGCAAUGCGAGCAGAAGGUGGGACAAGUUCCAAGAAGCCAGAAGCAGUUUCUUGCUUAGCCAACAUGUUUAGAGCGCCAGAUAGAGGUGAAGACUACACCAUUUUACAAGCACUAGUGAGUGUGGACAUGUUGGUUCUGUUUCUAGCGACGAUAUGUGGGAUUGGAGGGACAUUAACAGCGAUAGACAAUUUGGGGCAGAUAGGCCUUUCAUUGGGGUACCCAUCAAGCAGCACAAGCACCUUCGUGUCACUAGUGAGCAUAUGGAAUUACCUGGGAAGAGUGGUGGCAGGUUUCGUCUCUGAAAUUUUUCUCAAGAAAUACAAAUUCCCACGGCCCUUAAUGCUCACAUUGGUCCUUCUCCUCUCCUGUGUUGGCCACAUCUUGAUUGCCUUUGGGGUUCCCAACGGUUUGUAUGUGGCGUCGGUGAUUAUUGGGUUCUGUUUUGGGGCACAGUGGCCGCUGCUCUUCGCCAUAAUAUCGGAGAUAUUUGGGCUGAAGUAUUACUCCACGCUUUACAAUUUCGGGGCGGUGGCGAGUCCGAUUGGGUUGUACGUGCUUAAUGUGAGGCUGGCCGGGCAUUUGUAUGAUAAAGAGGCGAGGAAGCAGAUGGCGGCGCUAGGGCGGACGAGGGUGGCGGGACAGGUAUUGAAUUGUACUGGGGUAGUGUGUUAUAGGCUUUCCUUCCUUAUAAUUACUGCGGUGACGUUGUUCGGGUGUGCCGUAUCUAUGAUUUUGGUUAUUAGGACCAGGAAGUUCUACCGCAGCGAUAUCUAUAAGAAGUUUAGGGAAGCCGCAGCGGCUGCCGAGACCGAAAUGGCUAUUGCUGAUGAACCAAUAAUAAUCAAUGGAAAUGGAAACGGAAACGCUGACGUAUGCUCUUCCACCACGACGACGACGACGACGACGACAACGAAGUCGCCGCCCGUCGUCGCAACCACCACCAACUCAAAGACAAGGAUAGAUGGAGAGAAGAGGGAGGGAGAUGAUGUGAAAUGA